GGUUGCCCUAACUUGGUAGCAUUAUAGCUGUACACGGCUUCUUGCGCGAAAGUAGAGCACAAAAUUACGGUUUUUAUUGUUAAAACGCAAGAAAUUGUUAUUGGUUUGUGUUUACAAAAUGAAAGGAAGUCCAAUAGUUAAUGAAUGAGUGACACGAGUAGUGAUUCAGACGAGGCGACCGAGCAGACUGCCCUGAUGGACGGCCACAUCGCUGAAGCCCGCCCCGACAGGGAAAUCGCUGAACGGAUCGCCAGAAAACGAAAAACUAAAACAGAAAGCCAACGCUCUUACGGCAGUGUGGAACAAAAUGAAGGAAGCGGCAGUGGCAACGGCGGCAAUGAGGGUCGGAGGCCAGCGGAGGCGCGGCAAGCCGGGCCCACAGUCACAGAGGUCAUGGUCGAAGAGCUGGAGCUGAAGUAUGGCGCACGACACGUCAUCAAGCUGUUUGUGCCCGUCACUCUGUGCAUGAUCGUGGUGGUCGCCACCAUAUCCUCCAUCAACUUCUAUUCUGUGAAAGAUGUUUACCUUGCCUACACACCAUUCCACGAGGAGAGUCCGUAUGCAGUCACAAAGGUGUGGAACGCGCUGGCCAACUCCAUGAUCCUGCUGUGUGUGAUCGCGCUCAUGACCGUGCUGCUCAUCGUGCUGUACAAGAAGCGCUGCUACCGGAUUAUCCACGGCUGGCUCAUUCUCUCGUCUCUGAUGCUGCUCUUCAUGUUCUCGUAUCUGUACUUAGAAGAAGCCCUACGUGCCUACAACAUCCCAAUGGACUUCAUAACUCUAACGUUCGUGAUGUGGAACUUCGGCGUGGUGGGCAUGGUGGUGAUCCACUGGAAGGGCCCGCUCCGGCUGCAGCAGGCCUACCUCAUCUUCAUAGCGGCGCUCAUGGCCCUCGUUUUCAUUAAGUACCUGCCGGAGUGGACCACCUGGGCCGUGCUCGCGGUUAUCUCUAUUUGGGAUCUUGUAGCAGUAUUAACACCAAAAGGACCACUAAGGAUAUUAGUAGAAACCGCCCAGGAAAGAAAUGAGCCAAUUUUCCCAGCUCUUAUUUACUCAUCGACGGUGAUGUAUUGCCUGGCGGCGACGGCCACCGGCGAAGGUGAGCGGCGCGAGCUCGACCCCCUCCGCCCGCGCGGCACAACCGCGCAACCCUCAGCCGACGAGGCGGACGCGGCGGCGGGCUUCACGGGCAGCUUCACGCGACGGGCAGCCAGCGGCGCCGCGCCCCGAGCCGUGAGCUCGCACCUGGACCGCAGCGCGCCCGCCGGGUACGCCACGCGGGUGGAGCCCCGGGAGCCGCGGGAGCCGGAGCUGGAGGAAGAAAAGGGCGUGAAGCUGGGCUUGGGCGACUUCAUCUUCUACAGCGUGCUGGUGGGCAAGGCCAGCUCGUACGGCGACUGGAACACCACGCUCGCCUGCUUCGUCGCCAUACUCAUUGGUCUCUGCCUAACACUCCUACUGCUAGCGAUACUAAAGAAGGCGUUGCCAGCGCUGCCGAUAUCAAUCACCUUCGGUCUGAUCUUCUACUUCGCGACGCGCGGAGUGGUGAAGCCGUUCGCGGACGCGCUGGCCUCGGAACAAGUAUUCAUCUAGCUCCGUCCGUCACCGACUCGUGCCUCGUUACUUGUUAGACAACUCUUUAGUUAAGGCAUAGACUAAUAUUAGUCUAUGGUUAAGGUACGGUUAGGUAGGAUGUUAGGUAAGAAUGUAUGUAACGGAUUGAGUGGAUCUAGCAGGCGUAUGUGGAAGCAAUAUGAAAGUAAUUCUUGGUCCUAUAAAAUUGAUUAAUCUCUGGUAAUUUGCUAGUACAUAACAGGUACUAGGUAUUUAUUUAAUUUUUCAGUAUUUAUUAAAACUCAAUUUAUUUUUUAUGUCCAUCUUUUCCAAGAUAAUCCGAAAAUUGCAGUCCUAUGUUUAAAUGAUGGGUUUAUUUUAUACUGAUUGAAUAGUCAUUCCUUAUACCUAUGAAUUAUCUUUGUUCUACCGAAAUGCCUAUGCCUAUGUGAUUUUGCGUAUGAAAUAUAUAACUAAUGCGCCUUUAUGUACAAGGGAUAUUUAAAUAAGUAUUACUUAAAACUCGAAAAUAAUAGCAUCUAAUGAUAAUUCGUCGUACGUUAAAUGUAAAAAAAAUACAUACACAGAGUCACAUAAGCAGCUGGUUAGAGAUUUUAGGAUUAAUUAUUGUAAUAUGUGUGGACUGAAUUUGAAAUGUAAAAAGAUGGCGAUAGUCAUAAUGUCUGUGAGUAAUGGGAUGGACUAGACACCAAUAGAUACGAUAGUGUAAAUACCUACAUAAGCUAGUGAAAGCCCUAAUUCGUUGUGAUAAAUAUUUAUUGAAAUCACUUUGCUAUAAUAAUAAAAUAUCAUGAAGAUAAGA